AUGACCGCUCACCUCCCCUCAAAAUGCGAACGCUGCAACGCAGCAGAAGAAACACCAGAACAUGUCAUCCUCCACUGCCCGGCGCUCGCCCCAAACAGACACGGCCCGCUCCAGACUAUCACAUCACAAAACGAUAUCUGGAAUGACCAGAACCUCACCAUAGCUCUAGGUGCCUUCAUAGCAGUCAAGAAAGUUGGCUACCCCAGAAGCGCCCCCCCCCUCACCACUGGCCACAGGCUCAACGACCAUGUCGACCCUCACAUCGAUCCCACCACAUCCUCCUCAUACCCGCUAGUGGGGCCUAUCCCCACAAUCUACGCCUCAUAA